GCCUUUCUACAAUGUAUGCGGUCUAUGGUUGCCACCCGUUCGACGCCACGUAGCAGUAGCGUGUCUGCUUAUUUGAUGUUGAUUUGAAGUGGAGAUUUGAAUGGACUGUUCGAUUUCCUAGCCAGCGAGUUAUUAACGAUGCAUUCGUGUGUCGUUCUACUGUGUUUUUGUGUGCUGGUUUUAAGUGGUGUGCUUGUGGAAGCAGCAGAUUCCUUAAAUAAUGAUCUUGUCAACAAAAAUGUUCACCGGUCUAUCGAUAUUAGCUCUCAACUUGUGAGAAUAUCUCACAAAAUAACCCUCGAAAACACAGGAAAAUCUGGGGUGAAGAGUUUUAUGUUCACAACAGAACAGCAGUUCGCAAAAAAGCUCUGUUUCAUUAGUGCUCAGACUGGUGAUUCUGGUAAAACAUCUUUGAAAGUGGUGCCAACCACUGUGGGAGGCAGAGGAAAUGAACCCUUUUGGAGAAUCGACUUGGCAGAUACUCUGCAGCCAGGAAAAUCUGUUGUCGUCGACGUGGACACGGUGUCCAGCAAGCUGCUGACGCCGCUGCCCGCCGCCAUCUCGCAGAAGGAGAAGCAGCUGGUGAUCUACGAGGGCAGCCACUACUUCUACAGCCCGUACUUCACCGCCAAGCAGUCGGCGCUGGUCGCCCUCCCCUCCCGCAACGUCGAGAGCUACAGCAAGCUGAAGCCCACGUCGCAGUCGGACGCGUCCAUCACGUACGGCCCGUACGAGAAGGUCCCCGCGUUCACGGUCGACAGAAUGAGCAUCCACUACGAGAACAACUCCCCCUUCGUGACGAUCACGAACCUGGACCGCACGAUCGAGGUGUCUCACUGGGGGAAUAUCGCCGUCGAGGAGACGAUAGACGUGGAGCACACGGGAGCCAUCCUGAAGGGGCCGUUCUCUCGCUACGAGUACCAGCGGGAGUCUCAGAGCGGAGUGUCCAGCGUCAAGGCAAUCAAGACCAUCCUGCCCGCGGCUGCCACGGACGUGUACUACCGCGACGAGAUCGGCAACAUAUCCACGUCCAACAUGAGGGUCCUCAGCGACUCCGUGGAGCUGGAUCUGCGGCCGAGGUUCCCGCUGUUCGGGGGGUGGAAGACCCACUACGUCAUCGGCUACAACCUUCCCAGCUACGAGUACCUGUUCAACUCCAGGGACGACUACCUCCUGAAGAUGCGGCUCGUGGACCACGUGUUUGACGACAUGUACGCGGAGGUGGUUACGACGCGGGUCAUCCUGCCGGAGGGCUCCCACGACAUCCAGCUGGCGACGCCGUACCCGGUGGAGCGCCUGCCCGACACCCUUCACUUCACGUACCUCGACACCAAGGGCCGGCCCGUCGUCACGCUCAGGAAGACCAACGUGGUCGAGAGCCACAUACAGGACUUUGAGUUGCAGUACAACUUCCCGCGCAUCCUCAUGCUGCAAGAGCCUCUGCUCGUGGUCAUAGCCUUCUACCUGCUGUUCCUGCUGGUCAUCAUCUACGUGCGGCUCGACUUCUCCAUCACCAAGGACGAAGGCGUGGAGAGCAAGCUGCGAGUGUCCGGGUACGUGGAGAAGCUCAUGGCUCACCAGGACAAGCGAGCGCUCACGUACUCCCGCUUCGACGACCUGCUGGCCAAGCUGAAGACCAGCAAGGAUGUCAGCGCCUUCCAGAGUGCGAUGAAAAGUAUCAAUGCCGACUACAAGGCAGAGAUGGGCCACAUCGCGGACUUGCUGGUGAAGUUGAAGGCGGAUGCCCCAGAUGUCGCUGAGAAGGUUUCUGAGUUGCAGAAGCUGGACAAGCAGCUGAAGGAGCUGUGCACACAGCAGCAGACGGUGUACGUGGAGAAGCUGGUCCCGGGCAAGAUCAACCGCCAGCAGUUCCUCGACCUCGAGGCGACGCAGGGCAAGAAGCGCGAGGAGUGCGUGGACAAGAUCAACGCGCUGCUCAAGAGCUUGCACUAGGGGCUCCGCCCCCGCCCCGCCCCCGCUUCGCGCCCCCUCCGCGGGCGAGUGUCGAGACUGCGUUCCGCACGACAAAAUAUUCCUUCGUGUUGUCCACGGCUGUAAAAAAAAAUAUCUGGGUUUCAAAGUUUUUUUUUUUUGACUUUUUAUAUUCUGUUUUUGAAUUUUUGGGCAUCUCAGUUGUUUUUUUUUAUAUGGUAGUUUUUCAUUUUGUCGUGUUUUGAUGUUAUACUUCUUUAGGUAUGAUGAGGGUGAGUUUUUAGUGUGCAUUAAAAUGUUCACGCACCAUGCAACAUUAAUUUAACAGGAUGAAGGCCAGUUUUGUUCAAAUGCAAGCUAUAUGAUUUAGCAUGAAAUUUAUUUUUAAAAGUGAAUUAAUAGUUACAGCUACUAGGCCUAGUGCCUACUUUUUUUUUUGUUGCUCAAAAAAAGUAGACACAGUUCCUGCAAUUUGGUUUUCUUCAAGGUUUCUUAUAAUUCAUCAGCCAAGAAAGUUGUGUUUGAGCAUACAAUGCAUUGAUGAUGAAUACUUUGACUUUGUUGGUUCUCUCUAUGCUUCAUUUAAUCAUGCCAGAAGUAUAACUUCUAAUGCACGUACACAGCCCUAAUUUCAAAACCUUGUUUGAGGGUAACUCAUUUGCAGUGAUCACAUGGACACCAUUAUGGCACCAUGGUUAAAGUAAUGGAAAAUUACACAAGAAACUGGGUUUCUGAGUGAAAGGAAGUGUUGAAUAAUGUACUACAACGGUAAAACCAUAGCAUUUCUUACCACACAAGUGAAAAGUGAAUAAUACGUACCUGUUUCUAUCAUUUUCAUUGGUGGUGGCAUGAGUUAAAUGAGGGAAUAAGAUUUUGUGCAAGCUUAUGUUCAAAAAAAUUAAUUUUAUAGUUCUGAAUGAUGUUUAUUUUUGUUGGUUGUGGCACACAGUGUUAUUGAUAUGAGUACUUCUUUCAUGUGUAAGGGAAAGUAAACUUGAGUUGUGGAAAAUUGUGCCCGUUUGCAUGCAGCAUACCACUGCCAUUUUUUAUGUUCCAGCUAAUCUGAAAAUUUUAUUAUCUUUUCACCACUAUCUCAGUACACACCUAUAAACAUUUUAUCUUAAGGAUAUCCUGAUGUACACCUAUUCCAACUGUUAUCAUAUUACAAGUGAUUUCAUAAAUUAGUAACUUAUUGGUACACAGUAAAACUCGAUUAAGGCAUUCCCACACAAAAUGUUUUCCCAUCUAAUACUGUGAAACUUUUUGAUUAUACCAUUUUCUUCAUAAAAUGUACUUUGUUAUUGCCCAUGUAAAAGUGACCCAAAAACUUUUGUUUCCCAUAUAAAAUGAGGUUUUUUUAAAAUUUUAUUCCAUUAUUCAUUAGAAAUUACCAUUUACUUUUUUAAUUAACAGCAAUACGAAGUUGUUGGUUGUGUAAAUUAAAAUGUUUAUUUCAGACACAUUUUCAAACGUUCCAACUUAUCUUUCCCACCGCCCCUGAGAAGCACGCAUCAGAAUUUAGCCUGUGCUGGUUGGCAUCAUGUUUUUUUUUAAAUUUUGAUAACUAUAGUAGGCCUGGGUGAAUAAUCAAAUUUUUGACUAUCAAAAUUAAUAGUUUAUUAUUCAUACAUAUUCAAUUUGAUUUUGGGGAAAAAAAAAAAAAAUUCAAUUGUUUAUGAAUAGGGCUGUUCUGGAUUCCAAAAAUCUGGGAAAAAUUUCUGGAUCACGGAGUUUCUCAUUGGGCGGCUACAUUUUUACGGGUAUUUCGUCAUUUUCAGGGUUAUUUAUGUCAAGAUUUUCUAGGGCUGGGCCGAUACCACUUUUCACCGAUUCCACCGAUAGCGAUUCUUAUGGGCCGAUACUGCCGAUACUCGAUGCCGAUACUAACCAAAGAAAUGUUUGUGUUAUGAAAGGAUAUUUUCCUUAUAAAGUAUUUUUUAAUUUCAUAUUAAGUAUUUGGAAUUUCCUAUCUCCGCAGGCUGUAAUGAAAAGAGGACGUAAAAGAGCAUAUAAUGAAGUUAUUUCAGAUUUUUAAAAAAAAUUUUGACGAUAAUCCGUACACUACAUAUUUACCAAAAAUUGAAAUCCUGCACAACCUUUUGUUACAGUUGAAUUAGACAUGCCAAAUGCACUGACAUGCAUUGGAACAGUACCAGUCCAUGAGAAAUAAUUGGCAGGAUUUGCAUUUUUUGUGUACUUCUUCCCCUAAUAGCUGGACAUAUUCAAACCCAAUUAUAAAAUAAUGUUCAACUGUUCAACAUACAGUACCUACAGUUUUUUUCAUAUAGUCAAGAAUGUUUGUUUGAACUUUCCUUUGAGAAAUGUCUUUCAUAACUUUGCAAUGCUGAUACCCACACGCUUUUGGGUACUCAUAAUUUCUACGGUUAGGCCUACCUACAUAUGCUGCCGUAAUACACUAAAUAUAAAAUAUAAACUAGUUAUUCACGUCGUCACGUCGCCAUUAAACAAGCUUCACGAAACGUCACAAAAUGUUCACUAGCGUCGGAAACUGUGUGCCACUAGAUCUGUUAAAUAAAUGUUGUAUACGUAUUACAUUUGUGUACAAUUGCGAAAGAUGUUAAUUUGAAAUGAUGUUUACAAACAAAUUAUGGGUUAGGUCAUCGAAACAGAAAACAAACGGUAGGUAUCAUAAACGCAUUAGUAGUCAGUCGUUGGCCAUCGUAAAAUCCACGUUUUAUGUACCUAGCCAGAUAUGGCCGCCAUCGGCCAAUAUCCAUUGCUACAAAUUCAAACGCGAAAAUACGCAUUUUGUAGGAUAAAUAUUAUCGAAUCGUUUUUUCUUAGUUGAAAAAGUUAAGCGUUUUUUAUUUAUAAUUCUUUAUUAUUCCGCAUAAAUGUUAUGUUGCUACACCAAUCGCACAAAAAAACGGACAUUUUUUUAUACGAAUGAAAUUUCUAUCCGCACGGUUACCAGCACUGCACCUGCCAUUUUACUCAACGAAAUAAAGAAAACGUCUGUAAACAAUUUCCAUCAGACCUGUUGUUAAACAAAGCUAUAGAAUUGUGAAUUAAAUGAGAAAAUGUUUAAUAGUUUGAAUAAUAAUAUCGGCAAAAAUAUACGUAUUAACGAGAAAUUACAGUCCAGGGCUUUGAAAAACGUACGUUAUAUAUUUAUUAUGCCUAUUAAUUUGCAUGGCGUUUCAAGACCGGUGGCUUUAUACGUUAUACUGGAUUGUACGUUAACAAGAGGGACGUACUAGAGAGAAUUUGCUGUAACACAGUUUAAGAACUUGGACUGAGGUAUCGGCGCGAAGUAUCGGCAAUUAUUUUACAGAUGCGGCCGAUGCCGAUACUCUGAAUAUCGGCCGAUACUUAAGAAUCGGAAUCGGCAUCGGCCCAGCCCUAAGAUUUUCCCACUUCUUCCAGCCACGUAAAUUUUGAAAUGACAGUAAAGCAGGAUUUAACACAGUAAUUUUAUUUUACGGAGAAGAGAGUUCAUAAGGUCCUUAAAAAUAGACUAAAACUAUCAGUAAAUGCAUGGCCCUUAGAAAUCACACCAUGUGGGUGUUACAGUUGUCAGUAUCCAGGGGAUCAGAUGGUAUAAACAUGGCACGCCGGCUGUAUGAUUAGUUUCGUUCAAAACGUGGCGGCGGCAAAGAGAAAGACAUUUGUAUGGAUCUUACGGAAAACAUCUGGCUGCAUACUCGUAAAGACUCCUAAAACCUAACAAGGUUUGACCACAUUUUUUUCUGGUGGUGGAUAAUACAAGGUGAAUGGACCGGAUACAGGCCCACACACUCCUAGCAUAGUGACAGCAUAGGCAAUUAUCUUGUCAGCGUGUUCCAAAAAUAAGUCAAACUAGGAGGGGGGGAAAAUGUCUACCUGUUUAACCCAAGCACACACACACACACUGGGUGGCAAGAAAAUACGGUACUUGUCUGUACCUGCCACACAGAUGUGCAGUGAGAGACUUAUCUCACCAGCUGGCAACAUUGUGACUUUGAAGAAGAGUCUCUACUCCCCAAAAAUUUAGAGCAGCUUGCAUUUCUCCACAAAAAUUUUAAUUAGCUGAUAUUUAGUGAUAUGACAGACUUUUUAUUUAAAUGUUAAUAAUCCAAAAAUCAAAAAGAAAACUUUAAAUUUUGAAUGCCAAAAAUGUUCUAAUUUACUAAAUAAAUUUGUAUAUGCCAUGUUGUGGUGUGAUGAAAAAUGAUUUUAUGGGAUUCUAAUUAUCUCAUUCUUAUUAUUCAAAUUUUAUAUAUGUAUUGGAGAAUAAUUUGGUAUUUGAAUUAGAUUCGAACUAAAAAACAUAUUUUUAUAGGCUUACUGUGUAAAGUGUGUGCAUAUAGUCAAAUAUUGAUAUCAAUAGCUAACCAAAUGAAUGCAUGCGACCUGCAUAUUCUGUCUUGGGCCUAGGGUAUUUAAUUUUUUCUGUUAGAGAUUUAAACUUCUUCUGUUGUUUUAUAGGUCCGGGCCUUAAUUUUAAUAAUUGUCAAUUUAUAAAUAUUUACUUUUAACAAACUAUGGCUGAGAAAAAAUUUUCUUUUUCCCAUGUUAGAAGUUUUCCUAUUUAAGACAGUUUUUGAUGACAGUUCCUUGAAAAAGUCUUAGAGUUUUACUGUAAAACUUAUUUAAGUUUUAAAGUCUUCAGUUAGCUGGAAUGCACCUAUAUUUGUCCUGCCUCUUUGUUUCCGUUUUAACUAAGAUUGAAGAUUGGAGAGGUUGAUAGUACUUUUGAUACUUAUAAUUAAAUACACUAAAACUUGAGCUUAAUUUUUUGUCUUUAUUCUGGAUUGCCUGUUUUUGACAUGUGAACUGCCUUUUUGUUUGUGCAGUUUCUGGGAAUGAAUUGAUUGACGGUUGAAUAAAAAACUGAUGUUGCCUGUGUACUGAA